UCAUGUGCGAGCGGACAGGUGUGUGUGUUGGCACUCUGUCGUAUCACAGAAUAAUGGAUUUAAGUAAUAUUUAUUAAUCUGAUUGAAGAAGGCGCAAUUUAAAGACGUAGUGCCAACAACCUCAGGACUAUCUCCUGUAAUUUUAGGUGUCUGGAUCUAACAGCUGAUGUAGACGCAGUUGGACUCUAUUAGACAUAUUUGACACUCUAAAGGUAAACUGGAAGACAGUGAAUGAUGUUUUUGAAGCCUAUAAAGACUGACAAGGAUGGCAAAGAAAGAAUUCUGUGGCAGGUGGCCAAGCAGACGAUGCCCUCUCAACAUAAAGAGUUUGUUCCUAAAAUGGCCUGGAUGGAGGUCGGUAAAAUAACAGAAGAGAAAAAGAGAAGAGGUCACGCAGUCAACAAACAACCUGCAGCCACAAGUACAGAGGUCACCGUGAAGCAGACGCCCUUUGAAAGAGCUGUGCAUGACCUCACUCACAAUGACAGGAUUGUCGAUGACCUCACCUUCGGCAGAAGAAUCAGCUUCUACGAGCUUCGUGGAGAAAUUGGAAGUGGAAACUUCUCCCAGGUUAAACUUGGCAUUCACGACCUGACCAAAGAAAGGGUCGCUGUCAAAAUCCUGGAUAAGUUGCGUUUGGACAAGCGCUCACAGAGAUUGUUCUCCUCUGAGAUCAGCUGCAUGGAGAAGCUGUCCCACCCCAACAUCGUACGUCUGUAUGAGGUGGUGGAGACGUUCAGACGGCUUCAUCUAGUGAUGGAGUACGCUCCUGGAGGAGAGCUGUUCUCUAGGAUUUCCACCAGGGGACGCCUGUCAGAUCUGGAGAGUAAACUGGUGUUCUCACAGAUACUUUCAGCUGUUAAGCACAUGCAUGAUAACAACAUCAUCCACCGGGACCUUAAAGCUGAAAAUAUCUUCUACACCACCACCUACUGCAUCAAGGUGGGUGACUUCGGUUUCAGCACCGAAUGCAAACCUGGCGCCAUUCUCACCACCUUCUGCGGUUCUCCACCCUACGCGGCCCCAGAACUCUUUAGGGACAAGGGUUACAUCGGGCCCCUCGUGGACAUCUGGGCCUUGGGGGUCCUACUUUUCUUCAUGGUAACAGCUAUGUUCCCCUUUAACGGCUCCAGCCUCAAAAGGCUGCGGUUCUGCAUUCUCAGGGGUUCCUAUGCCAUUCCAGCGUAUGUUCCUGAUAUGUGCCAGCAUGUUAUUAAGGGAAUGCUAAGGCUAGUGCCCGCUGACCGCAUAUCUUUGACGCAAAUCAUGUCUGGCGCUUGGUUGAGGGGUAUUGAAUACCCACAACCUUACCCAAAUGCCCCGGCCACGCCUGCACACCUGGCCGACCCCUCAAGAACACUUUCUGCAGAUGAGCAAUCGGUCAAAAAGGCACUCGAGGAGCUGGGCAUCACCGAAGCUCACCUGAGGAACAAUGCAGUGUUAGACAACUGUAGUCCGCUGACUGGGGUUUAUCGGGCUCUUCUAUACUGUACCCAGCGGAGGAGAUCCGUAGAGGCGUCAGGAUACACAGCGCUCUGUCCUACCAAUACCCGACCCAGUAGACGGUGCUGGUCACACCCCGUCCAGACUGUCCAGAGGAAAGAGGAGUCUGCGGUGUGUUCCAUCCUAUAGACAUGAUGAUUAGAAAGUGAAAAAUAUCGCUUUAUCAGAUUUAUUGGUGUGCAAGCUUUUUUAAUACAAGUCCUGCCCAUCAGUGUCUAUAUACUUUUAUUUUAAAGCAUAUUUUUCAUAGAAGAUGUUAAAUGUCAAUUGUUGGAUUUUAAAUAAAAAUUCCAUACAAUAUUAUAUAAAUAUUCUGGGUUCAAUACAAGUUAAGCUCAGCUGACAGCAUUUGUGGCGUAAUGUUGAUUACCACAAAAAUUUAUUUCGACUCGUCCAGUGAGGCACUUACAAUGGAAGUGAAUGGGGCCAGUCUGUAAACGUUAAAAUACUCACUUUUUCAAAAGUAAAGACACAAACAGUGUGGUAAAAUCCCUUUGUGUAAAGUUAUAUCCAAUUUUACAACUUUGUUGCCAUGACGAUGCAAUGUUGUAAUCCCUAAAACUCCAAAAUGACAAUAAAUAUGAUGUUUUUCUUCUGUUUUAAAAGAAGAUUUAAUGUAAGUCCUUUUAUAAAAUUAUAAGCUUCACAUUUCUGCCUUUAAAACCUCCAAAAAUUGGCCCCAAUCACUUCUAUUGUAAGCGCUUCACUGUAACCUCGAUUUUCGCCUUACAAUUGGGUUGGGAAACAAGUCUAAAUGAAUUUUGUGGUAAUUAUCAUAAUACCACAAAUGCUGUCGUUUAUUUGUAUAUUUACUUGUAUUGAACCCGGAAUAUUCCUAUAACCACAGUGCUGAAUAUUUUCAAAACAAAGAAGUUCUCUCAUGCAUUUAUUUAUUUUUUUAAAUUAAUGUCAUAUGUAUUUAUGAUUAAUAGCAUAAAAUGCAAAAUAAUGCA